CGUAUGCGCAUGCUCGGGCAGAGGAGGCAGUUUGGGUAACUCCGAACAAGGAAGUAUGGAAUGUUUAUCGAAAAUAGAAAGUUACUGAAGCAAAAACUAGUGUAUUUUUUUGCUUUUGAGGUUCAAAGUAAGCCUGGGAAAGUAGUGAUGUAUGUGGGAAAAGUGUAAACGUGUCCGCUGACUGUUACAAGAAGUCAGAAGAAAGUGAAAGAAGGAAACGCAGUCAGCAGUUUGUGUGUCAUGAGCGGGGCCUUCGCGAUGGACGAGGAUAUUACCGAUAGACCGUCUCUCCUCGAGUCUGAUCUGAGCUGUCCGGUGUGUAGGGAGCUUUUUCGAGACCCCUUGCUGCUGUCAUGCGGUCACAGCUUUUGCAGAGAAUGUCUGGAGGCAAGCUGGAAGCACAAACACGCGAAGACGUGCGCUGUGUGUCGGAAGAACUGCGACGGAGAGACGCCGAUCCCGAACCGGGCCCUGAAGGACACAACCGAGUCUUUUCAGAAAGAGAAAGAAUGGCGAACUACUGGAGCUCCACAAGUGAUCUGCGGCUUACACCAACGCGAUCUGCACAUGUACUGUGUGAAUGAUGAAGAGCUCAUGUGUGUGGAGUGCGUUCUGCUGCAUUCUGGCCAUGACGUCAGACCUAUAGACCAUGGAGUUCAGUACUGCCAGGACAUGCUCAACCUCAAAGUCAAGAUUCUUGGUGAAAAAUUGGAGUCUUUUAAGAAGUUGAAGAAACGAUGUACUGAGGCAGUCAAUUAUAUUCAGAGCCAGUCAGUGGAGGCAGAGAAGCAAAUCAGACAGGAAUUUGAGAGGCUCCAUCAGAUUCUAAAAGAAGAAGAAGCUUCCCGAAUUGUAGCCCUAAAGAAAGAAGAGGAGCAGAAGAAACAGAUGCUGAAGGAGAAGAUUGACAGCAUCAGCUGUGAUAUCGCCUCUCUCAGUGAGCUGCUUCAGUCAGUGAGCAAGGAGAUGAGUGCAGAUGAUCUGGUUGUCCUACAAAAAUACCCGAUUCUUAAACAAAGGGCCCAGUGGAUAGAUAAAGAAUCCCCCAAGUUUCCUCCUGGAGCUCUCCUCAAUAUGGCCUGGCAUGUCGGAGCACUGGAUUACAAAGUUUGGGAGAGCAUGCGGUCACGGGUCAAACUUUUUCCAGUGUUAAUGGAUCCAAACACCAUUUCACCAUGGCUCUGCAUAUCCCCCGACUAUGCAAGUGUGAAAGAGAACACAGAGAGGCAAUCGGUACCAGACAACCCUGAACGCUUUGACCCCUGCGUCUUUGUCAUGGGCUCAGAAGGUUUUGCGUCAGGUCGCCACCGCUGGGAGGUCUAUGUAGGUGAUAACCCAAAGUGGGUCAUUGGAGUGUGUAGGGAGUCUGUAGCCCGCAAGAGGAAGUUCACAGUGACUACAUCAGCAGGCGUGUGGAGCAUUGGCUUAAGUAAAGGUGUGUACAGCGGUCUGACUUCUCCUCGUACCCAGCUAACUGUGGAGAAGAGGCCAGAGACAAUCAGGGUGAAGCUCAAUAUGGAAAAAGGAGAGGUGUCCUUCUGGGAUGCAGACAGUGGCACACACCUCAUCACCUACAACGACCAAUUCCAUGAGAAACUCUUCCCUCUCUUUGGCCCUGGGCUCCACAAAACUCCGAUGGCUAUCCAGCCUGCCAAAUUCACCAUCCAUAAGUAGCAAUGAUGUAUGAAUAAGGGUGUAACAGUACAGUAUUGUUCAAUACAAGGCUCUUGAUACGAUCAAGCAACACAUUCAACAGCGUGCCGAAUGAAAUGAAUACCAUUGCAUCUAUGCCAGCAAUCACAGAGAUCAAGAGUCUCUCUUGGGAGAUCACCACUUUGGCUUUAAAGUAAUCAACGGCCUGCGACAAGGAUGCGUCCUAGCCCCAAGACUAUUUAUCCUCUUCUUCAGCUUCGUCCUCCGCAAUGUCGACGAGUCUAUGCCGGAGUUUGGAGCGGAAAUAAAACACAAGUUGGAUGGAAGACCUUUCAGCCUCCAAAGGUUAAGGGCAAAAUCGACGCCAACCACCAAGCUUGACGACUUCCUCUAUGCCGAUGACGCCGCCCUGGUAACUACGUCUCCUGAAUCCCUACAUGAAGGUGUCGGCGCAUUGAAGUCUGCCUGCGACACCUGAGGGCUGACCAUCAGCAAAUCCAAGACGGCGGUAAUGCACGUAUAGUGCGCUCACUCCCCUUCUAUCACGAUCGACGACCAUCCACUAAAGCGUGCACGCACGUCUACAUACCUUGGUGGCAACAUGUCAGAUGAAACAACUCUCGACCCUGAGAUCCAGCUUUGAGUCUCUCGUGCUGCAGCAGCCUUCAGUGCUUUGCGUACUAGCUGUUGGAACAGGAGAGGCCUUAGUUUGUCAACCAAGUUGACCGUUUACAAGGCGACAGUCCUACCACCUCUCCUGUAUGGUUCCGAAAUGUGGCCGACCUUAGUCCAGCACAUCCGUUGUCUGGAAGUUUUCCACCAGAGAUCGCUUCGACAGAUCAUGAACUCAAAUGGUAAGACCAAUGCUGAGGUCCUCCACCGUGUCGAUUCUACUACCAUCGAGACCAUGCUUCGAAACAACAGACUACGCUGGCUCGGCCAUGUGGCACGAAUAGAUGAUUCUAGAACACCAAAGCAACUGCUGUUCGGUGAACUUAAGCAGGGCAAGCGCGAUAAGGGUCAUCCGCGUAAGCGUUGGAAAGACUGGGCCAAGGAGGACCUGCGGUUCUUCGGCAUAAAUGCUGACUGGUAUCACAUUGCGCUGAACCGCAGCACCUGGCGGGCCGCUCUUUCAUUGGGAAAGGAGCUCUGCGAGGCCCACCUCCAAACAAAGGCAGCCGAAAGACACGAGCGUCAACGACUGAGGGCGUCCAAGGGUCCUCCAUCGUCAUAUGAUGGCCGGGACUGUAAGUAAGUAAGUAUGCCAACAAUGAUAGAGAUCAAGAGUCUCUCUUGGGAGGAGAGAAGGGAGGCAGGCUUGGGACAACUCAAAGGUGCACUUUUAUUUCUGCACACUUUCGCUUUUUCAGAGGUUUGAAUUACACACAACAUGCGAGUGCACACACACUGUGCUUCUCAGCUCUCUCACUCCUGAAAGCGCAAACAAAAUGCAUAAAGCAACUGUUGACUGUAUCAAAAAUAUAUCAAGACGCCACUGUAUUAUAUCAUAUUUGGAUUUUAUGUAUGGUUACAACCCCAGAGUAAACAUGUUAUGCACAUACGAGCAUAAACGCGUGUGGAGUGGAAAUGGAAAGAGCACUCUGUGAAAGAAGGGGGAGCGGGUAAAUCGGGACUGGGGAGAGUCACGUACAGUUUUAAUGUGAUCGAAGGUUAUGGCUUGAGUUAUAUACAAGCUUGAGAACAAAACUUGUCAAUGUGCUUUGGGGGGCGGAGCUUACUGAAGGGAAGUGUGCGUUUGUUUGUUGAUAUUUGAAAUCAAGAGCCCGCCUUUCUCCAGAAUCAAUGACUUCCCCUUCAGUUUAUCUUUAAAUAUCUUACUAAUUUGUUUCAGUGCGUUGGGGUUAUAAACACAUGUUUAUUCUUGGUCUUUAACUUUUUUAGAUAUUUGCCAUUUAGAAAGUCUGUAACUUUUUUUUUUUCCUGGUAACUGACUUUAAUGUGCCGUUUAAAAUUUUUUGCUCCUUCUGAACAAAAAUUUCUCUUCAGAUUAAUACAGGGUGUUUCAAAAAAUUUGAUAUUUCCCAAUCUAAUAACGUUUCCGAUUCUCAUUCAGUUGACCUCAGAUUUUAACAGCAUGUGUGGAAACGGGUCAAAAUUUUAUGUUUAAUAUUUUUUGUUGGGUUUUUAUAUUUUUAGGUAUAGAAAUGCCAUUCACUGGAAAAGAAAAGGCGUUUUGUGUGUUAGAGUACGCUCGAACAAGUCGAAAAUUUGUGAAAUCGUUCAUGGAAUCCACAUACCUUUUUGAAUUUCUCAUUACAAUUUUGAGGAAUAAAUCUUAUAUUGCUCAACAUUAAGCCUGUUCAGUUUCAUUUGCCUCGACUAUGUAGUUUCUGGGAUAUUUACAUCUCAAAUAUCAAUUUUUUUUUUUUGAAACAUCCUGUACAUACGUACCUAAGAGGGCGUCAGGGUUUCCUAACACUUAAUUUAUGCUUUGUCUAUAAUAAAAAUGUCAUUUGCAUUCUGUAAUAUAAAGCCAAACUGAUGAGUGACGGAUAACGGGAUUUAUGUCAUAAAGUUGAUUAAAGUAAGUAAACUGAUUUAUGCAGUAAUCCAGAAAUGUAAACCUCUAUAAAUGAAAUGUUCUCCCUGUCCUUGUGCUGCAGCCAUAACCGAGAUCCCUACGCUACAGUCGAAUAAGAGAGGGAGAGUUUGUGUUUAAAGUCAUUCGGACUGAUUGUAUUUAUAGUCUGCAUUUGACUGUAUUUAUAGUGUUAUGUUUCACAGGGCAGUCAUGAGAGCAGUAGGCUAUGCAGUCUGAAUCAAAGCUGUCUAAAUAAAUCUGUCUUCAAUUA